UAUAGUCCUAUAAAAAAGUAAGAUCCUCAGACACAAAAUCCCAAUUCUCCUCCACCGCCUUUUCUUCCCUAUCUCCUCAUUUCUCCUCCUCUUUCUCUUCUUUCUGUUAUUAUACACAGAGAAUUCAGUUAUGGCCGGAAGCGGUGUGGUUACAGUUUACGGAAAUGGUACCCUCACGGAGACCACCAAGCAAUCCCCCUUUUCAGUGAAAGUGGGUCUUGCUCAGAUGCUUCGCGGCGGCGUUAUCAUGGACGUCGUCAAUGCUGAGCAAGCCCGCAUAGCUGAGGAGGCCGGCGCCUGUGCUGUCAUGGCUCUUGAGCGUGUCCCUGCUGAUAUACGCGCUCAGGGAGGCGUUGCCCGUAUGUCGGAUCCCCAGCUUAUCAAAGAAAUCAAACAGGCCGUUACCAUUCCUGUUAUGGCCAAAGCCCGUAUCGGUCAUUUCGUGGAGGCCCAAAUCCUUGAGGCUAUUGGAAUCGAUUACGUCGAUGAAUCGGAGGUCCUUACCCUUGCUGACGAUGAGAACCACAUCAACAAGCACAAUUUCCGUAUCCCCUUUGUCUGUGGCUGCCGUAAUUUGGGAGAGGCCCUUCGCCGUAUCCGCGAGGGUGCCGCUAUGAUUCGUACCAAAGGUGAAGCCGGUACCGGAAACAUCAUCGAGGCCGUUCGUCAUGUGCGUUCCGUUAUGGGUGAUAUCAGGGUGCUGCGCAACAUGGAUGAUGAUGAGGUUUUCACUUUCGCUAAGAAGAUUCAGGCACCAUACGAUCUGGUGAUGCAAACAAAGCAACUCGGAAGGCUCCCUGUGGUUCACUUUGCAGCAGGUGGGGUGGCGACACCAGCAGACGCAGCGCUUAUGAUGCAGUUGGGAUGUGACGGCGUGUUCGUGGGUUCAGGAAUUUUCAAGAGCGGUGACCCUGCAAAGAGAGGACGCGCCAUCGUGCAAGCUGUGACUCAUUACAGUGACCCACAAUUGCUAGCUGAAAUCAGCUGCGGGCUUGGUGAGGCUAUGGUUGGAAUUAAUCUUGAUGAUAAAGUGGAGAGGUACGCCAAUCGUUCUGAGUGAUGAUGGUUGUAAGUUUAGUAAGUCUUUAUCUUGUGCUUGGAUGAGAGUAUGUUAUACUUUCUGGGACAUGUUCAUUCGUAUAUUUUAGUUUUUAUUUUCUAGCCAGUUGUUAUAAACCAUUGGAAUGGGAUGAUUAGAUUGAUUCAGUUAUAUGCAUUUGGAUAUUCAGCUCUGGAAAA